UCUCCUGGCAUGUCAGACGAACUUGGGGAGGUAUAAAGAAGCACAAUUCGUAAGGAGAGGAAUCAGUAGACUCCUGUUACUACUAUAGUACAUUCGUGUUUUACAAUGUUACUAGUUUGUUGUGGGAGUGAUAUCAUCAUUUGAACAAGUGUUCGAUUUUAUGUCAUCAGAGGACUUGAUCUUUACUUGAAAGUGUUUUAAUAUUUUAUUUCAUUCCAGAAAGGUGUAUCUUUGGCGAAUUUAUCAACGGAAGUUGAAUUAUCCCUAUCGCUGACUUUAAGAUCAAUACUUUGAAAAUAGUGUGGAUUUAACUUUGCGAAGAAUCUACAUAUGACUUUGUGAAAUGUAUAGUGAAAAUAAAUAGUUUCUUGUGGGAUACGUCAGUCAAGAAGAAAACGACGCGUGCGGCUGUCGUUUGAACUUUAAAUGAUACAAAAAUUAAUAUUACGCUCCAAGAGAGCUGAAAGAACAGUUUCUAGUAUUUUUUAAUAUGACGCCAUCAAAAGUUGUGUACAAGUAAGCCAUCUUCAUGGAAGUCUCACUGACCGUCAUGGCGUCAAACUUGUCAAUCCCGGAUGUUAUCCGUGUCAUUGUGGUUCCGGAAAACAAGUCCGCGGCGGACACGAUGCUACGCAGCUCCGUGGAGACGGUGACGGAUUGCACGGGUACUGCGGACAACUUGAGUAUCUCCACGACCGACACCACCAUCAUGGGGGCGCUCUUGUCUUCGGUCUUCCUGGCCAGCGUGGUCGCCAACGCCUUUGUGUUCGUUGUCUUCUGUAAGAGGAAGAGCAUCUCCAUGUCCAACAGAUUCGUGGCUAACUUAACUAUAGGAAACUGCCUGAACACGAUCUUUGUGAUGCCUUUUGCAUUGACCUCCCUGAUCACCAAGGAAUGGAUCUUCGGAACUUUCUGGUGCCUGACCACUGGCUUCCUUAUGAACGUGAUAGUUAGCGCAAGUAUUUUCACCUUGGUGGUGAUAUCCAUAGACAGGUACUGCGCCGUGGUGACGCCCCUGCACUACUCCAUGCGCCUGACUUCACGGCGGUGCACCCUUCUGAUUGUCUUCGUGUGGGUCGCCGCUAUACUGAUCUCAUCUCCGCCCCUGAUGGGGUGGAACUCUAUAGAGUUUCAGCUGGACAAGAUGGUUUGCACGGUUAAGUGGUCCAGCUAUCUUAGAUACGAUAGAUAUUACACGUUUUUCUUAAUCAGCUUCAGUUUUGUGUUGCCUCUUAUAGCCAUACUGUGGACUUACGCUAGGAUGUUCAGGGCCGCCCAUGGGAACAUUGUCAGGGCGAGGCGUAACAGCGUGAUACGCGUCAACUCUGCAGCAACCACCCAAUCCGAUGACAGCUCCAUGCAGCAGAACACGCCCAUCAACUCCAGAAGGAGGAGCAGCUCCGCCCCUAUUAUUCGCCGCCUCAGCCAGUCUUCAAGCAGAUCGUCCUCUCUCCUUUGGCGGAAAGAAGAGUGGAAGACAGCCGUGACCAGCUUUCUGGUGCUCUUCAGUUUCGCUCUGUGCUGGACACCCUACUUCGUGGUUAUGGCCGUGGAGGCCGUGACAGGACGGUCCUCUCCGCUGUACCCUGUCACCUCUCACGUUUCCACGGUCCUGGCCAUGUUCAGCUGCGCCUGCAACCCCCUGGUGUACGUGUUCCGGAGCAAAGUGGUGCGCAGAGAGCUCAAGUUCAUCUUCAGCGGCCGCGCCAACUCAGACCACGAGAUUUGCGUGCCGCACGAGUUCCCGCGCAGGGUCUCCGUGGUGCGCAACGAAAGCGGGAGAAGCCUCCGCAGUAUGGCCGACGUGGAGGAGGAGCGGGAAGAGGACCAGGUGUGCGAGAGACAAAAACCCAGAAUGCCCGCCAAAAAAACCUCCAUGAGCCCCAAAAACUGUGAUGUCCGAUGGUACAGCCCAACUGUAUAACACUGAGCUCAACCAAAGGCUCCUCUCACUCCUGUAUUGUUCUUUCAACGCGUCAAUCAAACUGAUUGGACAGAGUUAUAUCCCCAGGUACUAUUAUGUGUCCAGACUAUUUAUUUUUACUCCACCAAGAAAAUAUACAAUUUAUUUUAUAUUAAUGUUAUCUUAAUGUAAAUGAAAUUUCGUAACUACCGUAUAUAUACAUGCAUUUGAUUCGUUAAACAAAUACUCCGUCGUAGUUUGAUUUUAAAUGUAGUACAAAGGUUAUCAUAAUGUAUUUGAAAAGAUGAUUACAUUUUUACAAUUUAAUCUACGAAAUAAUAUCAAAGUAUUAUUACUAGUAACUGUAACAUACAAUACCAGACAGACAUAAAGUAUGUUCAAUCGACAUAUAUAGGUCUUAAGAACAGUAACGUUUUUCACGCUCUUGUCAAUGUAGGCAGAAAGGACCGGAUAGCUCAGCGUAACGGACUGGAUAUGACCCGCGGGUCGUAGUUUGAGUAUCACUUAAGUAGGCCAACAGCCUGGAUAAAAGAAAAAGAAUGAAAAAGUAGAGAGCAAAGAACGUGAAGGUUGUGAUUGUCUAUUUCAAUAUGAUGCUAAAUAUAUCAAUAGUUAGAGGAGCUCCUUAAAUAACAUGUGAUCAAUCAAAUCUGUUUUGUAAUUGAUAUCUGACCAAAAAUAUCUCAGAAACGUAACUCAAUUAUAUUUGCCAUUUUUAGAGACGUCUUUUUAUGACUCCAUGUAUUGCCAUGAUGACGAUGAGGGUCCAGUGCUUUCUCUAGUACUGCGCGUGGGCGGCUUAGCGGAUUAACCUGCCAGGCGAUCAAUAGUGCUUUUCGAUACGAUCGUGGCGAUAAUGGUUUCGGGAGGCCAGUUCGGUAGAGAGGGGUAGAUCUAACUGCCUUGCCCCGCGGCCUAUUUGUGAGGGUGUUAAUGCGUUGAUUGUAUGCAUGAGAUCUACACGCGGGGUCACGUGGGAAGUGUGGCGAUGUAAUGAGCUUUCUUCUGGCCAACCUGACGCCUGUGUGUGAGUAUGCGCGUGCGGGUGUGUGUGUGUGCGAGGGACGAGCAUGUGUGUUUUACGCUACACCUUCAGUUUUUAUAGCACACGUUGCAGCACGUGAGCUCACUUAGCAACACGGCAGGUGUGUAGGGAAUAUAGAAAGAUAGAUUGGCGCCGGUGGUCGAGUGCGCGGACGAGGGGGAUAAUGGAGGCGGUAUAUCGGACAUGGUGAUAGCAAUAUGUGGGCAGGGAAAUCGAUGAUGGGGGUUGAUGGGAAUGGGCAGUAAGUUAAAUAACUUACAUAUUAGAGAGCGGAUCUAUGUGUAACUACUUUCUGGCUUGUACAGUCACUUGUAUAGUUGUGAUCGGUAAGGAACUGCAGAGCUAACGACCGAAACAACUCAAGACAAACACUAAAUUGCUGUAUAGUCUAACGACCGAAACAACGCA